UCACAAGCGUCCAAUAGCGGAACAGCGUGAGGCGGCGCAGGGAGUCGCCUCAGCACAAACAUGCUUGUGUGGCAGGCUACUUCGUUUAUGUGCUUUUACCAGUCUUAUGUAGCAGAAACGUCGCAGUGAGGAUCCACAACAGGCUGAAAUGAAGACACUAGUUGUUGGAGUUGGCGGGAUGACCAACGGAGGAAAAUCUACUCUUUCGACGAGUCUACACCAACAGAUACCCAACAGCUGCAUCAUUGCACAGGACUCAUAUUUUAAGGACGAUUCUGUGGUACCAGUGGACGACAGUGGGUUCAAGCAAUAUGACAUGCUCGAUGCUCUCCACAUGGACGCCAUGAUGAGAGAUGUCGACUCGUGGCGAAGAGAUCCGGACUCGUUCCUCAGGCAGCGAGGCCUGAACCCAGAGCUCCCUGCACCACCGGUCGACACGGAGGUGUUUGUGCUCAUAGUGGAAGGCUUCCUCAUUUUCAACUAUAGGCCUCUCAAUGAGCUCUUUGACAGAAGAUACUUCAUGGAAAUUCCGUAUGAUGUGUGCAAAAGGAGAAGAAGUUCGAGGGUGUACACGCCUCCUGAUCCGCCGGGAUACUUUGAUGGACACGUGUGGCCGAUGUACCUGAAAAACCGCGAGCAGAUGGAGAGCACGGCGUCCGGAAUUGUGUUUCUGGAUGGACUGGAGCCAAAGGAAGAGCUGCUGGCUGCUGUAUAUAAAGAUGUUUGUCAGGAUAUAGAAAGGCUCAGAGAGAAAGACUGAAACAGUUGGAGUUCUACUUGUUUACCUCAUGGAAGAUCAUACCUGCUGCUCCCGUAGACGUCAGGAAAGUUCAUAUCUGAACUAAUAUAUGACAGAAUGGACCAAACCAAGUUUCACAUACAUCACAGUGAACCUGACGUCAAAGCACAGUAAUGGACAGUGUUUUAAAGACAGGAUUCAUUUUUGGAAACACUAAAUAGAUGAAGAAUUUGUGACUAUAUGAAGUUGAUACUCCGUAUAAAACAUACAGUGAACUAACGUUUUCUCUCUCACUGCGUUGAUUUUUAAUAUUUUAUGUAUUUUAAUAUUUAGAACCAGAAGUCUGAAUCAUUCUCUGUCCAACCAGACAUGAUCAUACAUAAAACCUUGACUUGUGAUACAACUCCAGAUUAUUAGAUGAAUAAAGUGUGCCCAAUUUCGGUUUUAAAUCA